AUGUCCUUCCUCACGCCCCGCAUUCUGAUAAACAAGAACCCCAUUAUUAGACCCAUAAUUACAAGUUUCUCUUCGGUCCUGACGAAAACCCACGUCGAUUCACCAGUCUUCGAGCCGAGUCAUUCGCGUUUCGAGCUCGUUAAGGCUAGGUUUCUGUCCUCUUCAACUGGUAUUUGUCGGAGAAAGUCUCUGUCUUGGAGCUUGAGAGCAGAUCGUACGAUGGCCAGCCAAUCAACCCCGCCUCAAUCUGUACAUGAUUUCACCGUUAAGGAUGCUAAGGGGAAUGACGUUGAUUUGAGCAUAUAUAAGGGAAAAGUCCUUUUAAUUGUCAAUGUCGCAUCACAGUGUGGGAUGACAAAUUCAAACUAUACCGAGCUAAAUAAGCUGUAUGAAAAGUACAGAGACCAAGGCCUCGAGAUUUUAGCUUUCCCAUGCAACCAGUUUGGUGAAGAAGAACCUGGAAGCAAUGAUCAAAUUCUCGACUUUGUUUGCACUCGAUUCAAGUCGGAUUUCCCCAUCUUUGCUAAGAUUGAGGUGAAUGAUGAAAAUGCUGCUCCACUGUACAAGUUCUUAAAAUCGGGCAAAUGGGGAAUCUUUGGGGACGAUAUCCAGUGGAAUUUUGCAAAGUUUUUGGUAGAUAAGAAUGGGCAGCCUGUUGAUCGUUAUUACCCUACGACCUCACCUCUCACGAUCGAGAGGGAUAUCGUAAAGCUAUCGAAAAAACGUGUUUUUUCCAUAACCAUUGCAACCUCGGGUCCUAUUGAUGCUCGACUGGUCGGUUAUCUUGCAUGA